AUCUUUAAACGGUGGGUUUGAAUUUCUGUUGAACAAAAAAAGAGAACGCUGACAAAAAAGAGAUCAAGUCAAUCAUCUUCUUUUGCAUCAACACGAAAUUAGGGUUUAUCAAAAACACAAUUCCUAGAAGCUCCCUUAUCGUGGAAGAAACUAUCAGAUUCAAUAUCUCUGAUUCAGACCAAACCUCUCUCUCUCACAAGAACCGUAGCUUUCCUCAACUGAUUUUCCGACAAAGCUUAAAUUAAACCUUUUAUAUGUUCGAAAACACCGAUGAACUCCCAUCUCUUCCGCGUAAUUUGUAUACUCCACUCGGUAAUCGCACUCACGAGCGGAACCCUGAUGAUGUUCUACGCAGAGAAAGCUUCCAUCUUCGGCCACGGAAGCGACAUAGCUAACAAGCUCAAAGGCUCGACCCCUCACGACGAGCUCCUUAUCCAGAUCUCCCAGUCCUUCUCCGGUCUGCUUCUCUUCGCCAUCGGUCUGGUGCUUUUCAUGGUCUCAUUCGUGAAAGACAGAGACUUUCACAGCUUCUUCGCCGGAGGCUCCGUGAUUCUCUACCUGCUGAUGGCUCUGUGGAGAGUUGUCUUCGAGUGGAAGAUUGAAGAUCUCGCCUUUGAAUGCCCCAAGCAGGCUCUUGGAGAUAUUGCUUUGGCUGUCUCUUGGGUUUUCUUCCUUGUUUAUACUUGGAGGGAGAAAUAAUUCGAAUCCAGGUGACGGAACUCAUUUACCACCAGAGCUAGAAGCCCCGGUAAACUAGAGCAGUUUCCAGUCGGAUAUAAGUUCAUCUUCAACGAAUGGGAUGGUUCUGUGGACAAUCACAUUCAUACCUUCU